AUGCGUCGAACUGUGUUUUACACUCUGCAUGGCCUCUACAACCCUGGGAUCCGAGCCUCACAGAAGCUCCUAGCGGAAACGUUCGUCUGGCCUGGCAUGAACAAGGAUGUCAAAGCUUGGGCCCGGUCGUGCCCGAGUUGCCAACGGAACAAGGUCCACCGCCACAACAAGUCUCCACCCGGUACCUUCCCCAGCCCCGACGCUUGUUUCAGUCAUGUGCACCUCGAUGUUGUAGGUCCUUUGCCUCCAUCCAACGGUUUCACGCAUCUGCUUACCUGUGUUGACCGCUACACUCGCUGGGCCAAAGCCAUCCCCUUGCCGAACAUGGAAGCAGAAACAACCGUUUUUGGCAUUACACCCCGGCUACCAGGCGAGAUAGUCACCCCAACCUCAUGUGGUGCUGAUUUGAGUCCUACGAAUUUUGUGCAUCACCUGCGGCAAUUCAACACUCACUUUCCUCGGUUUCGCAUCGAACUCUUCCGCGAUGCGAUUGAGUGCGAAGACCACUGGAGCCAUCAUCCGAAAGUCCAUUCCGCUUUCUCUGACGCAAAGUCAAGACUUGCCGGAUCGUUCUUGGUGCGAAGAAGGACGUGGUCAGUGUCGAUCGGGUCAAGGCUGCUGUCAUCGAGGAGCCACCGGACUUGCCUGAUGGACAACAUUGUGCAGACCCCCUACCCCGUGUUCUCCCAUCUUCCACCUCCCCUUGCUCCUACUCUACCUUCUUUACCCGUUCCUACCAUUAAAAGCCCUGCCUUAAGUUUUUUAAUGCAAGUGACAUUCGCACAUCGCGUAGCGGUCGUCGAGUCCCCUUUCCCGACCGUUUUAUCACCCACGUGUUGUAACACUGCAUUAGCCUUCGGCUUCGCUGUACGCUUGCCUUUAGUCUAG